GACGGGCAGGAAGGAGAGCGUCGGCGGGACACGGACUUGCGCUGUACGAUGUGUGCGGGAACCAUCCCCGGCGGAAAACGGCUUAACGGGCCGAGCGAUCGCAGAACGGAUCUUCGCGGCCGUGAGCCGGACGGCUGCGCAGCGGGAAGUUUGGUGGAGCCUCGCAGAGCUAACAGUGAGCAACUGAAUUGGAGCCAGUCACACAGAGAUAUGAUGAUGAUGAUCCAAGAAAUGAAAAGGUGUUUGCCUGAAGAGAAAAGGCGUUCCAGCAAGCCCAGUACCAUCAGUGCUCUCAACUAUGCCUUGCAGUGUGUCCAACAGGUCCAAGCAAACAAUGACUUUUUCCAGGCUCUGAAUGACCGAAGAGUGUUUCAGACAGAUGUGAUGACGUACAACAUAGAAGAUUUGGUUGCAGUUGCAUCUGAACACACUCCAAAAAACACUGACACGUUUGUGGCUGUGUUCUCCUUGCUGUCUGGACGCAUAGUGCAUAUUUCUGAGCAGGCAGCAUCCAUUCUAAACUGUAAGAAGAAAAUGUUGGACUCCUCCCGGUUUGUAGAGCUGCUUGUCCCUCAGGAUGUGAGUGUGUUCUACACACACACUGAUCAGUCCCACUUGCCGCUUUGGAACAUGGAGAGUCAAACAGCUUCUCUGUACGAGUAUGCCCAGGUGAAGUCCUUUUUCUGCAGGAUCAGGGGUGGUAAAGAUCAAGAACAAGAAACACGUUGUUACCCCUUCCGAAUCACCCCGUACUUGGUCCAUGUGUGUACUUCUGUCCACAUGGAUGCAGAAUCCUGCUGCUUAGCUUUGGCUGAGAAAAUUCAUUCUGGAUAUGAAGCUCCUCGAAUUCCUAUGGAUAAAAGAAUCUUCACCACCACUCACACCCCUGGAUGUGUGUUUCUUGAUAUAGAUGACAGAGCAGUGCCUUUGUUGGGUUACUUACCUCAAGAUCUAAUUGGAACAUCCAUACUGAUGUAUCUGCACCCAGAAGAUCGUCCUUUGAUGGUUGCUGUUCACCGAAAAAUCCUGAAAUUUGCUGGGCAACCCCCUUUUGAACAUUUGCCUAUUAGAUUUUGUACUCAAAAUGGGGACUAUGUCAUACUGGAUACCAGCUGGUCCAGUUUUGUGAAUCCUUGGAGCAGGAAGGUUGUGUUCAUCAUUGGCCGACACAAAGUCCGGACAAGCCCUCUGAAUGAAGAUGUCUUCGCUACAAGAACUAAAGAAAUGAGCAGUGUUAAGAAAGAGAUAAGAGAACUGCAAGGACAAAUUUAUAAGCUGCUUCUGCAGCCAGUUCACAGCAAUGUUUCCAGUGGUUAUGGAAGCCUUGGAAGCAGUGGCUCUUACGAACACUAUAUCAGCAUAGCAUCUUCAAGUGACUCCAACGGGAAUUGUGCAGAGGAAAUACAGGAACCGAUGACAUUGCAACAAGUUUGUGCAGAUGUCAACCGAAUAAAGAAUCUGGGGCAGCAGCUGUAUAUUGCAUCGAGGAGCAAGCAACAGAAUGGAAAUGAACAGGCUGUAAGGUCAGAAAUGCUGGGAGGUAAUCUGAGGGUCUCUUCUUUUCUAGGAAAGAGACACACCACUUCCUGUUUCCUUCAGGCAUUGAGAAGUGAUAGCACAGAAGAGCCAGGCAACACAUUUUAUGAUGAGUCAAAGAAGACUCCACAUGUCCCAUCCUAUCAGCAGAUCAAUUGUGUAGAUAGUAUCAUCAGAUAUCUAGAGAGCUGCAGUAUUCCAGCAUUGAAAAGGAAAUGUAAGUCUUCUGCAAACACAUCAUCGUCAUCUUCAGAAGAUGACAAGCAAGUCCAGCAAAGUCAGCAGGAGCUUGAGAUGCUGGAAGAUACCGAAAUGCUUUCAGCAGUUGAUUCCAAAACUCCAAUAUCUGCUGACGGGGAAGAGACGAUGAAAGAGCAGACAGCUGCAGGCAUGGUGGGAGCUCCUCUGGCAGACCUGACCCUGUCCAACAAGGCUCCAAGUGUGGUGUCUGUCACCAGCCAGUGCAGUUAUAGCAGCACUAUAGUCCAUGUCCCACACCCCGAAUCAGAAGUGACUACGAUGGAGGAUACUACUGUUGGAAGUGAACAAAUUGAGCUGCCUCCAGUGAAUGCUCAGAGUCUCACUGUGCUACCCGAGGACCUAAAGCCAGUUGGGCUAACCAAAGAGACACUGUCAGCCCACACUCAAAAGGAGGAGCAGAACUAUGUUGACAGGUUCCGCCAGAGGAUCUUGCUCUCUCCAUUUAGGACUUACCUUCAACAGGGGAGCAGAAGUAAUAACGGACAUUCCUGUGGUCAAGGAGAUUCCCCUUCAAAGCAGAUGAGCCCAGCUAGCUGUAAAAAAGGCAAACAUGGAAAAUUCAAGCGCCAGAAACCUCAGAGACAGUCCUCAGAUAGCCACUCUUCUAGUAAACAUAGAAAUAGUCUUCCAUGUGAGAAGAGGACAAUUCAGAAACAGUCAUUCUGUCCCUCAAAAGUGUCCUAUCUGAGUUCCUCCAAUAUGAAUGUCCUUCCUCCUAUGGGAAUUCCAGUUUGUUCGGAGCUACGAUCCAAUUUUCCAGCUUCUUCUCUAGGAGAGGAGUUUGCCCCUCAUUCCCUAAAACCUGAGGCCAUGUCGUCAUUGCAAGUAUGCUGUGAAGCACAGUCAUGCCCAGCAUUUUAUCCCCCAAACAUAGGGACAUUCAUGGCUGUAUUUUUUCAGAGUUUCCCCAUGUAUGCUCAGAUGCCUCAUUGUGUCUUUCUUCCUAGCCCUCAGUAUGUUUAUCCUCCCUCUUCAUAUCCAUGCACUACACUACCUCCAGCCCCCCAUCCUGUUGCUUCAUCAGCAGUAGCUCCACAUUCUGUAGAUCAGCCCUUUCCAGCCUCUUCUGCCACAUCCGUGGAGGACCAGCAAGAGGGCCAGCGUCACCAGGCCCUGCUGCUGAAUAGCUCACGGAGCAGCUCCCCGCUGCAGCUGAAUUUGCUUCAAGAAGAGCUGCCAAAACCUAUGGAGCUUUCCAUUAGUACUGAUGUUAAAGCACAUGCAGAAGUCAAAUGUGACAAUAAUCCAGAAGAUAGUGGUAACAGUGCUAGCCAUUGUGCUUCUAGUGAAUUUACUGACCGCUUGCUAUGCGAGGACUCACAGUCGGGUAUAGGUUCAGCAGCGUCAGGCAGCGGAUCAGCUUUAUCUGCUUCUCCAGGCUCUGGCUCCAAUGAGACUUCUGGUUGUGGCACAGCAUGUAGUGGGGAAAGCAGCAAGUAUUUUGCCAGUAAUGAUUCUUCUGAAGCUUCCAAGGAAGAGAAGAAUAAGGAUGCACAAGAAAAAGGGACAGCUCAUAAAUCCAAACAUGAGUCAACCUGGAUGAUGAUGGAUCACACACCUGAGCAAGUUCUGAUGACUUACCAAAUGCCAAACAGAAUUAAAGAGGAGGUUUUGAAGAAGGAUCUGGAGAAGCUGACAGUCAUGCGAAGGCAGCAGCCUUGGUUCACAGAUGGGCAAAAGAAGGAGCUUGCAGAGGUGCACACAUGGAUCAGGACCCAGACCCUCCCGCUGCAAAUCAGCACCCACGGCUGUGUGACGUGUGACAUUGGGGAAGCAAGUUGUGAGGCUGCAAUGGCUGAUGACAAUGUGAAAAACAAAGGGAAAUCACCUCCACUCCUGCAAGAGUGAAGACAGCAACACUUGUUUCAGUAAACCUGCUUGGUGGAAUUCCCAUCUGCUUUUCCUCUGGCUCUGGCUGUCUCUUCCCAAAAUGAGCAGUCCUACAUGAAACUAAAUCUUCUUCCAUUAUCCUUUCACUCCUGGCAUGACUUUGAAGACAAUAUUUCACUGGGAAGCUGUUUCCCUUUGUGACCUCACAGAAUGGGUUGUGUUUCUAACUUUUGAUUGCUCAAUGAUGAGCAAAAUACAGAGGUGUUUUGGGGUUGAUUGGUUGGUUUGAACUUCCCAAGAGUCUGGAAAGAUGCAGUGAUUAAGUGAUGAACGUAAGAGGUGCAGCAUGUUUGCUCUCCAAGUAAGGUAGAUGUGUUGGAAUCAACUUUGAAACUAAGCUACAGCAAAGUGUUCUUCAUUUUCAUUUGUUCAGUGUUUAAAGUUCUAAACUGAAGAUCCUAAUACUGUGAGGCUCUAAAAUCAUCGUAGCUGAUUUAAGAAUCCACUAGGGGGUUUAAUGAGCAGCUAAAAAUUGGCCAAGUUACUCUGCAUCAAAAUGCCUUCCACCAGCUUGUGCCCAUCUGAGAAGUAAACUGAAGUGAAAAGCAGAAAAGCCACUCCCUGUGUGUGUUGUGAUGAGUGUUUUGGAACCUAAUUGGUGUAUAGCUUUUGCUUUUGUUUCUGGAGAUAGAUGUUUAAAAUUAAUUGAGGGUAACUUUUGCAAAUCUGCUAGAGAUUAGAUGAUAAGAAACAAACCAAAAAGCAGAAGUGACAUUUCAGGAGUUAUUUCCCUUACACAGGAUUUGCUUUAUCAUAAAAGACACAUGGGAAACCUUCUGUACCCUGGCACUGUAGCCUAGUUAUCAGUUCAAGUAGCUGUGUGCAGUCUUUGAUCUUACGUUGCUAGCACUCUGGAAGGCAGGUUUGUUUUCUUGUUGUUGUAUUAGAGUACUUAGGGAAGUGUAAUCCAGACAUAGCAAAUGGAAGGACACUUCAGGCAGUUUCCCUGUAUUUUGUUUGUGUUGUGGUGAUGCCAAAACCAAAAAGAGAUUGAUCUUCAUUUAUUCUGUUUUCUUGAAACUUCAUAUGUUGGAGAGUCAGACUUGGAACAUGAAACCACAUAUUUAUUAUUUCCUACCAUUGUUAACCCCCUGUACAAGUUUUGACUUCUUUAUAAUGGAGUUUCUGGGUGUUGAGAACCAUGGAUGGGAAAAUGAACUU